UAAAUUGUAGGGGCCGGGGCAGAUAACAAAUUAAGUGAAGAACAUGGACAAUGAAAAAAUCUUUCCUACUUCCGAUGAGAUAUAUGCCGAAGAACUGCAACUUCAAGAGGCAUUGAUAUUUAGCUCUGUGUCUCUAUCUUCACCAAAUCAAAACACAUCAGCAGUCUCAUGUUCAUCAUCAUCAUCGAAGCAGCCAUUGAUGACAUCAAGUAAACGCUUGAUCUGUGGCAUCUGCAUGGACACAAAGACGGCCUCUGAGAUGUUUGAUAACACCCGCGUUUGCGGUCAUCUCUUUUGCUUAGACUGCAUCUCUCAACACGUAGCGGUCAAAAUCAAGGAGAACGUAACCAAGGUUAAGUGUCCAGACCCCAAAUGCAAAAGGGUGAUAGGGCCUGAAGCAUGCAGAUCCAUUGUUCCAAAGGAAGUGUUGGAAAGAUGGGAGAGCAUUCUGUGUGAGUCUGUUAUCAUGGAGUCUCAGAAGUUCUACUGCCCAUUUAAGACUUGUUCUGCAAUGCUGGUGGAUGAUGGUGGGGUCGCUGUCACGCAAUCAGAAUGCCCGAAUUGCAACCGCCUCUUUUGUGGGCAGUGUAAGGUUGCAUGGCAUUGUGGGAUGAAUUGCAUUGAGUUUCAGGGAUCGAAGAAGGGAAAGAGAAAUCAAGAUCAUGAUAAACUGUUAAUGAAUCUUGCAAAGAAAAAAAAGUGGAUGAAGUGCCCAAAAUGCAAGCAUAUUGUGGAAAAAGUUAAUGGUUGUGACUUUAUUGCUUGCAGGUGUGGGCAUGGUUUUUGUUAUCGGUGUGGACAGCCUUGUGGUCAUGGUCAAAUAGCAGAAGCAACGCAUAAGUGUAAGGGUGUUUCUAAAUGAGCCCUUUCCCUUUGUGAACAUUCCCUACUAUGUGAGAAGGGAAUAUAUUAAUUAAUUAAUGGUGGUUCUUUCGCUCAAGUUUUUGGUAAUAGACUUGUAAUUCCACAACAAUACACUUGUUAA